UGGGAGGCCAUUCCUAUUAAAAAAAGUAUGUUUUAUGUUACCGUUCAUUCAGAUGGAAAUAGUUUUGAAAACGCUGACUUGAGGGAAUUGUACACAUUUGUCUCAUGCUAUGAUAACAAGCCAUAGAAAUGUAAUAGUCUCUUUUGAGGAAAAACCAAGGAAAUAAUAUCAAUUAAAGUAGGGAAGGAUUUUCUGCAAAGGAAUAUUUUCAUACCUACCGUAUUUGUGGUGCUUAUUUAAUUUUUAAACGGAAUAGAAUAUCUUUAUUAUUGUUACCUUAAAAAGUUCUCUCUUUUCCUAUAUUCAAACAUAUUAGAGUUUCGUUUUACUCACGGCCCUGAAAAAAUUGAUGUACAUUUUCUUAUUUGAAACAUCUGUAUUCAAUCCUUUCCAACGCCAAGCUUAUAUUGAAAUGUGGAAAUUACAAAUAGUUACCAAACUCUAAACUCCAGAAGAAGAUACAAACCGUGCAUCUAAAACAUCAGAUAAUGGAUUGCAUGAUAUCGAGGAAUACGAAAUCAAAAACAGUCGAUUUCAAAAUGGGGGAAGGUCUCUCUUAUCUGUUUGUGGCCGCCAUUGAUUUAGGAACCACGUUUUCUGGUGUGGCCUUCUCCUCCAGGGAUGCCUUCACUAAGGAUCCGACCAACGUCUCGUUAAAGACAUGGCACGGAACUAUUGUCACCUACAAAACUCCUACUGUCAUUCUCUUCGACCAGAACGGAGACUUUGAUAGCUUUGGUUAUGAAGCCGAGGAUAGAUACACCGAUUUAUUGUUGGAUGGUGUGGCAGAAAAUUGGAGUCUCUUCAGAAGAUUUAAAAUGUCGCUCUAUGAGCAGCAGAGUGUAUUGGAGAGUUUAGAACUGGUUGCAGAUAAUGGCAAGAAAAUGUCUGCCAUGAAAGUAUUUUCUGCUUCAAUUAAGUAUUUAACGGAGCAGCUGACCAAGGAGAUUAUAAAACAGGUCUCCUACACCACAAAGAAAGACAUCAAGUGGGUUAUUACUGUUCCCGCCAUCUGGUCUCAACCGGCCAAGUCCUUCGUCAGGAAAGCUGCCAUGAUGGCAGGACUAGAAUCGGAGAUGCUUACCAUAGCACUUGAGCCGGAGGCGGCAGCUAUAUGUCUGAAACAUUUACCUUUAGAGAAAAAGAAGCUCGGAGAAGUUGGAGACAACUAUAGAACCUUCUCACCUGGAUCCAGUUACAUCAUUGUCGAUGCUGGAGGAGGAACGAUUGACAUCACAACACACGAAGUUUUGGAGGAUGGGAGUGUGAAGGAAUUGUUCCAGUCGUCGGGCGGUGAUUGGGGAGGUACCAAGGUAAACGAUCGCAUCAUGGAAUUGUUUGAAGAUGUUCUUGGUACUCAGACCAUGUCUGAACUCAAACAAAAUCAACAGCUAGACAUCUUAGAACUUGAAAGGAACAUUGAAACAGCAAAAAGAAGUUUGAGCACACAUAGAAGGAAAAUGACAAUUACGAUCCCCGCCGGAAUUUUAGAUCAGUAUAAGAAAAAUCAUCAUGCAGAUCUUUCUUCUGUGAAAAGUGCUUCUCUGAGAGAUGGAAGAACGAUCGAAUUUACGUUUAACAGUGGUAAAUUAAGACUGGAUCAUGACUCGAGUUGUUCUUUCUUUGAACCAUCAAUAAUUUCAAUAUGUGACCAUUUGAGGGAUAUGUUUCAAAUGAGCGCAGGACAAGGCAUAGAUACAAUAAUAAUGGUUGGAGGUUUUGCAAAUUGUUCUUUUCUCAUCAGAAAAAUUUUAACAGAAUUUCCAGACAAACACGUGCUUGUCCCCGAGGAAGCUGAAUGGUCAGUGUUAAAGGGGGCGGUGAUAUUCGGUCACGAUCCCUGGCUGAUUAAGCAAAGACGGAGCAGAUACACA